GGGUCCGCUCUUGAUUCCAUUCCGACUUCCGCCAAGAGGGAAAUGCUUUCUUGGGACGCUUUCACCUUUUGAAGGAGGAAGGAGACAGGAGCGGGAGAGGAGGAAAUGGCUGGGCUGAUCAACUUCGAGGAUGAGGAGGAGGUGAAGGGCUAUUUGGAGAACCUGGGGGUCGAGUACAGCUUCCAGUGCUACAAGGAGAAGGAGCCCGACGGCUGUCACCGUCUGGCUGAAUACCUUGAAGGAGUAAAGAAAAACUUCGAGGCAGCUGCUAAAGUGCUAAAGCAGAAUUGUGAAACUAAUUUACAUAGUGAAAGCUGCUACAAACUUGGAGCUUAUUAUGUGACUGGAAAAGGUGGCCUCCCUCUAGACCUGAAAACGGCCUACAAUUGCUUUUUGAAAUCUUGUGAGAAAGGUGGGAAGAAAUCCACAGAUGCUUGUCACAAUGCUGGAUUGCUGGUACAUGAUGGACGAGGAAAUGAGGACGAGAAGCCCAAUGCACUCCUUGCUAGGGACUAUUACAGUAAAGCUUGUGAUGCGGGUUAUGCACCAAGCUGUUUUAACCUUAGUACAAUAUAUCUUCAAGGAGCCCCUGGCAUAGCAAAGGAUAUGAACCAGGCAUUGCAGUAUUCUCUGAAAGCAUGUGAUUUAGGCCAUAUAUGGGCAUGUGCCAAUGCUAGCCGAAUGUAUAAACUGGGGGAUGGCGUUGAGAGGAAUGAUGUCAAAGCAGAAACCCUAAAGAACAGAGCAAAAGACUUACACAAAGAACAGCAGAUACCUUCAAGGUCUUUAACAUUUGGAGAAUAAAUCCAGUCAAGUGAUCUACUCAGAAGAUCCAUUUAUGUGAACAAAUUUUUCUGUAAUCUGUACAAACUGUUCUUGUAUAUCACAAAAAAAAAACCCUACAUUUUGGGAUGUUGACUCUGGGGUUGAUGUAACUCACCUAAAAGAUGAACUGUGAUAAAUGUCAUAUUUAAAGCUAGAAUAUGAAAAUAACAGUUGCUUGUUAGAACUUGAUUCUUCAAUGUGUUGAAAAAGCAAAUUUUGUGUAAGAUCUAGCAAUGUAUAUAAAGCAGUGGAAUCUAUUUUCUUGGCAAAGCAAUUCUCUUUUGAAGUGAACACCUCUAUUUAGUUCCAGCAAGCAGAGAAAGUAUUCUUGGGUGGUGGAGGGGAAGGGGGAGGCUCCAAUCUUGUAUACCUCUAACAGCAGAGAUGGGACUCAUGGUGCCUUCUUGAUGUUGAACUAUAUACCUCCCAAUGUUUUUCACCAUUGCCUGCUAGGCAGAACUAUUGGGAGCUAGAGUCCAACAACAUCUAGAAGGCUACAUGUUUUCCACCCAUACUUAACAGGGACAAAGUUCUAUUGAAAUCCAUGGAACCUACUUCUGAAUAGGCUUGCAUAGAAUCAUGUUUAAAUGAUCCUACUCAGCUGCAGUACUAUGCAAUGACAUGCAAGAAAUUAAAGUGGUUUGCUGAAAUUAAA